AUGGUUGGGGACACGCCGCUGCCGCCCCUGCUGGUGUUCAACGUGCAGAUGCCGCAAUACCCGGCGGCGUUCUGGGGGGCGAGCGACGGGCCGGGGCAGAGCAUCGUGUACUACUUUGCGCUGCCAGAGGACUUUGACCCCGAAACCUUUCAGAACCGCGCCGCCCUCGGCCUGCUGCAGCGCUUUGUCUCCAACGGCCGCGAGUCGGACGGCAGCCCCACCCGCGAGCGCCUCAAGAUGAUCGUGCGCUGCUGCAACGCGGAGGAGUGGGCGGCCGCAGCGCCGCUGAACUCCGCAGAAUAUAAACUGCUGGUCAACUACAACGAGAAGCCGGUGCUGACGCGGCCGCAGCACUUCUUCUACGUGGGCCCAAACUAUCUGGAGGUUGACAUGGACGUGCACUCUUAUGCCUACCUGGCGCGCAAGGCGCUCAACAGCUACCACAGCCGCCUCAAGAGCGUGGUCUGGGAGAACGCGUUUGUGCUGCAGGGCAACGCGUCGGAGGAGCUGCCGGAGCAGGUCCUGGGCUGCGGCCGCAUCUACCGCACCGAUUUUGAGGGGGCGCGCGCCCUCAACGACCUAGGGGCCGUUAGCGAAGUCCACAGCCGCGCGCCGAGCGCCCUCGCGCCGGAGAGCCUCGCGUUUGGGUCCGCCGGCACCAGCAGGGUGGCGUCGCCGCCCGCGGAGCCCGCCGCGGCGGAUGCGGCGGACGCGGCGGGGGCGCGGCUGGCGGCGGCGGCUGCGGGUGGGGGCUCAGGCGGGGACGGCGGCGGCGCGUCGGCGGCGGUAGCGGUGGCGGCGGCCGCGGGGGUGACGGCGGCGCGGCUGGCGGCGGCUGCGGAGGCGGGGGUCAAGGCGGCGCCAGUAGCAGUGGUGGCGGAGGCUGGCGGCUGA